AAGAAAUGAUUUCAUUUUUAAUAAGCCAUUACACAACACUUGAUAACCUUGGCCGGGGUUAUUGAAGGGUAUUGAUUGUGUGAAAAUAAAAGCAGGUUUUUAAACAGAUUCAUUUUACUAAAUUUGUUGAUUUCCUCUGAAUCUCACGUGCCCUUAGCGCACACAUUUUAUUCGUCGACAGUGCGAAAUGGGGUCUUUAGAUUUUUUUCAAAGAUUUUUGAUUACGUCAUUGUUCCUAAUAACCGGGUGUAACUGUGAAGAACCGGUUUUAGCCAAAGACAUGAAAUUCAAACUUCACAGCGGAGAUUUAAUGCCCUUGGUAGGAUUUGGAACUUAUCAGAUAAGGGGAACUGAGCUCAUACGGGAUGUAUUGGAUCACGCGCUGGCUGCCGGUUAUAGAUUAAUCGACACCGCAAAAGUUUACAGGAACGAAGAGGACAUUGGCAAGGCGCUGAAAGAGUUGUUACCGAAAUAUAAUCUUACCAGGCAAGAUAUAUUCAUAACAACAAAACUCUCGCCCAAUGAUCAGGGUGAAAAAGCAUAUGAUGCUCUGCAAGAGUCUUUAAGGAAGUUGGAUUGCGGGUACAUUGAUUUAUACUUGAUUCAUUGGCCGGGGGCUUACGGAGUUAAUGCAUCAAAGGUUAACAAUUCUGCGCUGAGAGCUGAAAGCUGGAAACAGAUGGUCAAAGGCGUGAAAGAUGGACUAACCAGGAAUAUUGGUGUGUCAAAUUAUCUCGUCAGGCAUUUGAAGGAGUUGUCGGCAAAUGAUUUUGGUAUAAAACCUGCGGUCAAUCAGGUCGAAUGGCAUCCCCGUAAUCGCCCUUCCGAUUUAUUGGAAUACUGCAACCAGGAAGGUAUUCUGCUGCAGGCGUAUUCAUCGUUGGGCGGUACCGACAAUAACGAUCUCUUAAAAAACGCGGACGUCGACAAGAUAGCGAAAAAAUUGGGAAAAUCACCCGCUCAAAUUUUAUUGCGGUGGCCGCUGCAGCAAAACAUCGCGAUUAUUCCGAAAGCGAGAUCGAAGAAGCACAUCGACGACAAUAUCGAUCUGAAUUUCGUCAUUCCCGACGAGGAUAUGGCGAUCUUGAGCGGUUUCUCCCAAAAUAGGUACGCCUGGAAUCCGGAAACCGUCGUCUGAUCUCCCAUUCCGCAAGCUUCGGCAGCUUUUUUUUAUACGUUACUAUGGAUCGAGAGUUUCACAAUAAAAUCGCAGAAAAGUG